GGCCAAGGUGGAAGAAGAGCCGCGUUUGAAUGUUCAGGGCCUGUCUCAAGUCAACACUCGCAUUCCCAAAGUGCCUUCCCCUGCAAAGAUGUCCUUCAGACGUCACUGUGGAUAUGGGAUUAGGCUUUUUCAACAAGAUUUCCUGGAGAUUACAAGGUGUAGUUUGAGUUUGUGCAGGGGAGGAGGAGGGGGUUGGUGGGAGAGGGCGAGGAGCGGCAUGUCAUGGAGGAGCCUGACCCUGCCAUUUCCCCUGCGGUGCAUCGGGACCUGCAAACAGACCUGAAAGUCUCGCCGGCUGCUUGCUCUGGCCACUCUUUGCAACUUUCCCUGGGUACCAGCAGCGCCAGUAGCAACACCAACAGCGGCUGCAAAAUCCAUAGGAGCUGUAGCACCAUCGCUUGCAACAAUAUUAGGGGCAACAUCAGCAACGGUAACAGCAGCAAAUGCAACAAUAGCAGCUGUAACAGUAACAAAAUCUGCAGCCCCACCACUUGCAACACCAGCUGCUGCAACGGUAGCCUUAACGGCGAUACCGGCAAAAACUGCAACGCCAGCGGCCACGGUAACAGCAGCAACAACUGCAACACCAGCGGCCACGGCAACAGCAGCGCCUGCAAGGCGAGCUGUAAUUCCGAGUCUGGCGACGAGAAGAAAGUUUGCGAGCUGUCCCGCCAGCCCGACGCCUCGAAUCCUGAGAAGGAGGUGCUGGUCAGUGCCGUCAGCCGCCAGAGCAAUGAGCUGAGGUUGAACCGCCGCCGCACCAAGUCGCUGCCCUGCCUGCACGACCCCUCCGACUUCUUCAGCGAAUUCAAUGGGGGACUGCGCAAGAAGGUGAAGUUCGCCGAUUCGUUGGGGCUCAGCCUGGCCAGCGUCAAGCACUUCCGAGCCAGCGACGAGCCUUACAUCCCAUCCAAGGUCUUCCUGCGACUCCAGAGCUUUCCGGCCAUCGUGGACGACCUGAACGAGAAGUUCAAGGCGUUGGGCAUUCACUGCUUGAGACCAGCCUUUUCGAUGCCUUGCGAGGCCAGUGACUUCAUGCAGAGAGCUGAGAGGAACCGUGUCUGCCUGGAGAAUGUUACUGUCAGCCACUUUGAUGUGCACGGGUUGAUCAGGGUUUUGAAUGUCUCUUAUGUCAAGGAGGUGACUGUCCGCUAUACUUUCAACAACUGGCUCUCCUGCAUGGACACUGCUGCCAAAUAUGUGGAAGGGUCGAGCCACUCGGGUACUGACCAGUUUUCUUUCGACCUGUCAAUACCACCUUUCUUGGACCAGGGCUCUUUUGUCCACUUCGCGAUCUGCUACAGGGCAGACAACGAGGAGUACUGGGACAAUAACUUCGACAAGAAUUAUUCCCUGCAGUGCGAAUCCACGUCAGAUGAACACGCCAACAGUUAGGAUCUUCUUGAAACGCACAUAUUUGCAUAUGUCCUCUAUUAAAGAGGUGCCAUCUCUCCUUUAGUUUCAUGACAAGCCGCGGGUUUUAAAAAAAAGCACGAGGCGUCAAACUUGCCCAACGAAGUGUAUUAUUAUAUGUUCCAGUCUUAAGAUAGAAUUUGAGGUAUGCUAUUGACAGUACAAUUAUUGAAGAAAAUUAAAGAGGCAAUGGCAUCACAAAUAUCUGACUUACGAUCAAAAGAUUCCACUGUGCACCAUACAAGUGGCCGAACUGACAAUGUGAAUGUCAGUAUACAGACCUGUUAAUAAGAUAACUUUGGACUUUUUAAGCCUUUUUGUCCAUCGUCCAACUUUUUGAUGUUACAUUUGCUUUUUAACAGGAAUUUAAGCGAGAAUACAACAUACCUCACCCAGGAGUUGGGAUGCAGAAUCUGUUCUGAGUCUUAUCCAAAGCCACUCUCAUCAGCUGCUAUUAAGUUGUAGAGAGCAGGCUGGUUUCAUAUGAGACCUGAAUUACCACUAAACCCUCCCAACCCACAGAAGUGCUGUGAUUGCAGGUAGAAAAUCACAUCCUACCUCUUUGCAACCAUAACAUAUAGAGUAUUAUUGCAGUGCCAUACAGUAUGCCUAAUACCAAAAAGACAACUUAAAGAAGUUAUGAUCUCAAAUUAAAGAUUUUUAAUAUAUGGACAGAUUAUAUUAACUGUCCAAAAAGUGAACCAAAAAUGAAUUGUGCACUUGACCUUUGCUCUGAAAUAUGACUGCUCAAGAGUUUUUAUUGAUCUGAGAAUCAUAGGCUUUACAGAAAAGUAUAAAGUAAUGCACUUCAUAUUUGAUGACGACUAAAUUAGUCAUCCUGUAACUAGACGUCAGUUCACACAGUGAAAAGCACAGCUUUUUGGCAGGUUUGUUCAGGAGGAGUUGGUUUACGUCUACAUAUCCCUGACUAAAAUGCUUUAAAUCAUUGGUGACUGUAUACGUCUAGAAAACUGAUUGUACCACUGGAACUGUGUAUUGUUUAUGGAAUGUACUUGCAGUCAGCAUAAAAUAGAAAAAUUUAUUUACUAAGGUAUGCAAAUAGAACAGAGAACAUUCUCUAAACAUGACAUCAAAAUGAAUUUUGGAACGGAUUAAAAGUUUUUUAUUCAAAGAAGUUUCCUCCUGUUUCUCAGACAAAAAUAGGAAUUUGACCGACAUUUAAAAAUUCCUGUGUUCAUUGAGUCAGUCUCAUUUGGAUUGGGGAUAACCAGAUGGAAUUACAACAAUGAACUUGUUUUUUUCUUUUGUUCCUCUUCUGAAUCCUCUCAUGGCACCUCCAAGCUCAUCUUGUUCAUGAGAUACAUCUGUUCCUUCAACUGUAUUUCCACUAAACUCCUGACCAUUCAAUGUUCCUUCCUUCUCCCUUAUUAAUGGAUGCUGGGGAUUAUAUUUUUCCUCAGAUAGUAUUGCCUUCUCUUCCAAAUGUUGUAAAGCAGAAUACUGCAGAUGCUAAAUAACUGAAAUACAAACAGAAAAUGCUUUAGAUGCUCAGUAGGCCAGUCAGGAUCUGUGGAGAGUGAGAUAGAGUUAAUGUGUUAUCAGAUGAAAAGUUAUCGACCUGAAACGUUAACUCUGUUUUUCUCUGUGCAGAUUUGGUGAGAGCUGCUGAGCAUUUCAGACAUAUUCUGGUUUUAUUCCUUGAAUAUGUUGCUGACUCUCAUUUUCCAGUCAUUUUAUGCUUGAAUUGUUCUGAUCAGAUUUUCCCAAAAGCUAAUCCAUUGUAUGUACAGUGAUAACGGGAACUGCAGAUG